AUGUAUAUGCAGUGUGGAGGCUCCGGUGCACCGCCAACGUGCCAGAUUGUGCAGGAGGACGACAGCCUUCUCCUGAAGCGGUUGAUAGGCAUCGUACCUGCAGACAAGAAGAUAUGUCCAAAUACCAACGACGUGAACAGCAGCAGCAGAAGCAGUAGCGGCCAGCUCUGCAGGCCGAAAGCCGUGACGUCACCUCAACACCUGCAGCAGCGCCAGUGCUUCCACGCAGUUGAGCAGCAGCCACGCCCCCCAUCACCACCACCUCUGCCACCUCCCGGUGUUUCCCCACAGCAGAUCCACUAUCCCACUCGCGCCACGCCGCCUCUACCUCCAUCACCACCGCUCCCGCCGCCGCCGUUACACCCAGCACCACCACCAAAGCUUCCAGUGGACUUCCAGCAACUCCAGCAGUCCCAGUCCCCUCUGUUGCAGCCUCCGUGCCCUCGCCAGCAGCAGCCUACAGACCAACAAGAAUCGUCUCAGAACCCUGAAGAACUGCCAGCAAAUCAAGCUUUAGCCUCUAUUACAGCCACCGACCAGCAGAGGAAACAUAAGAGCGGAGAGUGCAACAAGCUCUUCAGCACCAUGACGUAUCUCAAGUGGCAUCCCACGCCGCCUCUCCCGCCGCCACACCCAGCACCACCGUCAAUGCCUCCAGCCCACUUCCACGAUCUGCAGCCGCCUCAGCCACCACCGUUGCAGCCUCUGUGCCCUCGCCAACAGCAGCUUGCAGACGUACCAGAAUCUUUACGGAAACCUGAAGAACUGCGAGGUUCAGCCUCUGUUACAGCCACCGACCAGCAGAGGAAACACAAGUGCGAAGACUGCGGCAAGCUCUUCGCCAGCAAGGCGUCUCUCAAGGCGCACGCCCGCACGCACACGGGGGAGAAGCCGCACCGGUGCGCCGAGUGCGGGAAGUCGUUCAGCCAGCUGCGCAACUACAAGUACCACGUGUCGGUGCACGCGGGCACGCGGGAGUUCGCCGCCGCCUGCCCCGAGUGCGGCAAGGUGUUCAACGACCGCGGCUACCUCAGCUCGCACAUGAAGAUCCACCGCAACCGCAAGGAGUACGCCUGCGCCGAGUGCGGCCGCCGCUUCAACCAGCGCGUCGCCUACAACUCGCACGUGCGCAUACACACGGGCGAGCGGCCGCACACCUGCGCGCUCUGCGACAAGGCCUUCACGCGCUCGGUACUACUCAAGCAGCACAUGCGUAGGCACACCGGUGAGAAGCCCUACAGCUGUGAGGUGUGUGGCAAGCAGUUCGCGGACCGCAGCAACAUGAUGCUCCACCUGCGGCUGCACUCCGGCAUCAGGCCGUACAGCUGCGGCGAGUGCGGCAAGGCGUUCACCAAGAAGCACCACCUCAAGGCGCACAUGUCCUGCCACACGGGGCUGCGGCCCUACUCCUGCGACCGCUGCGGCGCGCGCUUCAGCCAGGCCGGCAACAUGCGCACGCACCGCAAGAAGUGCACCGCGCCGGGGCCGCCUCGCGGGGGCGGCGGGGGCGAUUUCCUAGAAGUUCUGAAAUACAGAGGUGGGUCAAACCUGACGGGCUGA